UUUGACAUGUAGGUUAGGUCUCACGUAAUUAACUUAUUUAUUUGUGUGCAAUUUUUUUACAAUCGUGAAAAGUGUUAUUUUAUGUUACGUUCUUAUGAUUCAUAACUACGAAGAAUUACAUCAUAGUAAUUCAGUAGAAUGCACGUACUUCGUUUUUAACUUUUACUAAAAUAAUCAAGUUUUACAAAGUGAAGUGUGAUAAUAGUACUGUCAUUCACGUAUAUCUCACUGAGACAAAUAUUUUAUAUUGAUUUUUGGUAUGCCUAUCAGAGUAUUAUUAGGGUCAGUUCCUGCACAGUACCGUGAGGUUGAAGCAGAGAUCAACUCUCUUGUAUCACCAGAGUUCUCCAGGAAGGAUGUUCUCCGAUCAUUCAUCAAGAAGUCAAAACUCAGAGAUGAGAAACUGGAUCAGAUAUGGGAGCUGCUACAGUUAGCGGAUGACCAUGUCAGCUCAGAUCAGCUGUUUGCUGCCCUGGCAUUGGUUGGGUGGGCACAGCAAGGCCGAGACCUGUCUCUGGAGCUUUUCGACAACCAAGCUUCAGGUUUGCCAACUGUUUACCUGGGCACCUCAUCUCACCUGCGUUACUGUGACCUCUUCCGGACAGACACCAUUGAGGUCGAGGUGGUACCAGAGAAGAAAGGGCUGUUCAUGAAACAUGUGGAGUAUCUCAUUUCAAGCAAGCGGUUUGAUUCAACUGUAAAUCGUAGAUACAAUGAUUUUGUCGCACUGUAUGAUGUCCUACUCAACCGUUUUCCAUACAGGCUGAUUCCAAAACUGCCACCAAAGAGGAUGAUUGUAGGAGCCAGUGCCAGCCUACUGCUGGGGGCAGGGGAUGGACAGUUCAUUGAGGAACGGCGCCGUAGUCUGCGCCGGUGGCUCGCUCUUGUGGCCCGACAUCCCACUAUCAGCACCGACCCAACACUGCACUACUUUCUCACUGCACCGGUGGAUGACCUGCAAUACAAGAUACGUGAGGUGUUCAGACGUGUGCCUGAUGAGUUUGCAACUUCAGAAUUUGCAGUUGCAAAGGAUCUUGUACCAGCCGAUUGCACCAGUGAGUUCGCCAUCAGUCGCGAGCAGAUUAAAGUAAUUCUGCUAGGUGUCACUCGCAUUAAACAGAUAGCGGAGAACUUUGCUACCCGCUCACACGCGUAUGCAGACGACAUGGGUGAGUUGGCCAGUCAACUGAAUAAGCUUGCUGCAGAGCCUGGAGGCAGCUCAGCGUGGGCUACCGGUGGCAACAACACCUGGCUUAACAUGAAGAAAGGCUUCAAUCUCAUAUCUAAAGAAUUAACAACAAUGUCGGCGCGUGCAAGUUCUCUGGCCCAGUGCGAGGAGAGCGAGGUCUGUGAGAGACUCAAUGUCCUGGUGGACGUGUUGGCAGGUCACAAGGACCUCUGUGAGAGAGUGGAGAAAGGAGUGGCCAGCGAUCACCAGAAAGCGCUCGCAAAGAUGUUGGCACUCAAGAAGAGGCAAAUGCUGGGUGUUCUCAGAGGCAGUGAUGCGGAGAGCGUCGAGGUGCUGGAACAACGCAUGCUAGCGCAGGAGUCUGUGAUAGCAUCUGUGGAACUGCGAACCGCGUUCUCCCUGCACUGUGUACAUAUGGAAACACAGCUGGUGCAUGCACACCUAGAGGUAUUGGCUGGUGUGCUGAACACAUUAGUGAGUGUUCAGGCCAAUGAACAUACACAGCUUGCAGAAAUUUGGAGAUCUAUAAAUCCAACUGUUGCCAAGUGCCUACCAGAUGACCCAAAGAACCCAUAGCAUGCUACUGGUGAUACUCACUUCUAAUUAUUGUUAUGUUAUUUACUCAGAAGAAUAAUCUCAUAUAUAAUCUAUUUUUGAUAUCAAGUA